AUGUCGACACCGCCGAGUGGCGCCGCACGCAGGGCGCCGAAUUCACGGCGACGUGCCACUGCCCGCGGGCGUGCAAACAAUGCAUCGACCGCAAAUGAUACGGAACAGGUGCGCGAGCUGCGCACAAAAUACGCGGGCCAGCUUGCCAUGCUCCUUGAAAUGUUUCCCGAGUGGACCGACGAGGAUCUCUUGUUUGUUUUGCAGGAGUCCAGCGGGGUCGUGGAAGUCGCCGUGGGGCGCAUUAGCGAGGGCCAGGCGGAGCAGUUUGCUUCCGUCAAGUCCAAGCGGCAGACACGCAAGGAGGCCGCCGCGAGUGCUCCGGCAUUGCUGCCCGUACCAACCACGCCGCAGCCAGCGCCUGUCGCUGCUGUGCCGGCGCCAGUGGCGCAGGCUCCGCGCGCGCGUGCGGCAAGGACCGAGCGCGGCACUGCGCGUGGCCGUGGCGCCUCGACGCAAGGCGUGCGCGGGCGUGGAGGUUUCCGCGGCGUUGGCACGCGUGCUUCUGUGGGCAUGAAGCCUGCUGCUGUAGACGCCACGCCCGUCACCACCACCUCGGCUGCGUUUAGCCUCUCGGAUGCAAGCAAAUCCACCGACGCUGCAGAAAAGCCGCAGGGGAUGAGCUGGGCGCAGAUUGCGCGACCGCCGGUGCCCAAACGCGCGCCCGAGCCCACGCUCCCGCUUGAGCAAUCUACCGCCGAAGCUGCACCCCCGAUUGACGCGCAUAUUACACAAUCGGCACUCGCCCUCGAUGCACAAGUGAAUGCCGACCAAGCGCCCAUGCCUGCGCCAGCUCCGCCGCCCCAGGUUCCGUUUGAGUCUGCUGCUGCGCGUGUGCGUCCUCAGCGUGCGCGCCAGGACGCGGCGGUGGUGAUGCCCGGCGGCGCCUCGGCGCUGGACCGCCUCGGCAUGCAGUUUGGAAACCUCAACUUUAUGGCCAGCGACGACCCCUCCGAAGAGUCUCCCGCCGCGCUUCAGGAACGGUUUUCCGAGAUGAGCGCGCCGAAACACGACGCGGCACAGCAGGAAGCGUACGGAGCCCAGCCUAGCUUUGACGCGUUCAAGAGCAAUGCAUUCAGCACGAACCGUUCCUAUGCGCUCGCAUCGAAUGCGCGUCCUCUGGGCCUGGAGCAGGCACAAGCAGAUGAGGCCAGCGCGCAGCAGGCCCAGAAUGCCUACUCGUCCAUCUACGGCAAUCUGCACACGAACCAAAAGAGCAAUUUGUACUACGGCCAGCCUGCAAACGCCUCUGUCGCGCUGAACCAGCGCGGCGAGGAGCGCAGCGCGGCACAUGCGGCGCCGCAGCAUGCGGGACCGCAGCACGCGGCGCCGCCAGAGCACGAGGGCCACGCGGGCCUUGCGCCCAACAUGCAGCAGCACUACCCCAACGUGAUGCCGUACUACUACCCCUAUUACAUGCCUAACCAAUUCCAGCACUAUGCAUCCCACGCCGCGGGCUUUGGCCAGUACCCCAUGUACGGCGGCCAGCCGCAGCACCCCUCCAAACCAGAGCAGCCGCCCACAGCGCCGCAGCUUUCCUCGCCGUAUGCGCCCCACUUGCCGCCCACUGCGGACACUGCCGGGGUCCCCUACGGGACACACACGCCCCCACAGCAUUUCCAGACCCAAGCUGUGGGUGGAAACAACCACUCCUACGAUGUGCAGGGUUUUGCACAGCGCAUGCCGAACCUCGGCGCUGCCAACGACUUCAAGCUGCAGAGCGCCGAUGCGAACGCGAGCGGCAUUCCCGGCCUUAGCGGAUUCCUGGGCGGCUCGCAGGCAAACACUGCACAGCCGCAGCGCGCCGCAAACGCGUCCAGCGCUCCCGCAGCCUCCUCGCCGCUCGACUACCGCUCAUUCGACGCCAAGUCGCCGAGCGGCGCAGGCCGCGCGCAGGCUGCUGGCGCUCCGCCUGGCAUUUCCAGCGCCCAGCCUGCGACGGCAGCACAGCAGAGCCAGCACCCUGCCUACUACCAGCAGCACGCACAAGGGCUCGGCCAGAAUGCGUACGGCGCAUAUCCCUACGGCCGCCAGCAGUACUGGGGCUAG